AUUUGUGAGCCAUAAAGCAGCAGGGUGUCCACAAUUUGAAUCAGCAGGCCCCCAACUAAAACGACACCGUUUGGUGUCAUCGCUUCUUAAGCAGAUGGAACGGGGGAAAGGUGCAGAGAUGGUUCGGCUACUUCGUCUUCAGACAUAAAGGGCAGCUUGGUCGAGAGAGCUAGGGUAAUGGCGGAGCAGAAGAACAGGUGGAAUUGGGAGGUGUCUGGGUUCGAGCCGAGGAAGGCCUUCGAUCAGGAGGAUCGCAAAGUCUCCUCGCCCUUAGUUCGGAGGUACUCGAUCUCCACUUCGUCUGUUGUUCAGCAUUCAGAGCAAUCGAAGCAAGCUCUCGCCUCGAAGUUUCAUAAAUUGAAGGACAAAGUCAAGCUUGCUAGAGAAGAUUAUUUGGAGUUGAGACAAGAAGCCAGUGAGUUGCAGGAAUACUCUAAUGCAAAACUCGAUAGAGUUACCCGUUAUCUGGGUGUUCUUGCUGAUAAGACCCGCAAGCUAGAUCAAGCUGCUCUUGAAACUGAAUCUAGAAUUUCUCCAUUGUUAAAUGAGAAGAAAAGGUUAUUUAAUGACUUACUGACAGCCAAAGGUAACAUAAAGGUAUUUUGUCGUACAAGACCUCUUUUUGAAGACGAGGGUCCAUCAGUUGUUGAGUUUCCUGAUAAUUUUACAAUCCGUGUUAACACUGGUGAUGAUACUAUAUCCAACCCUAAGAAGGAUUUUGAAUUUGACAGGGUUUAUGGGCCUCAUGUUGGACAAGCCGAGAUUUUCAGUGAUGUUCAGCCACUUGUACAAUCAGCUUUGGAUGGAUAUAAUGUCUCUAUUUUUGCUUAUGGCCAAACCCGAUCAGGAAAGACGCACACUAUGGAAGGAUCUAGCCAUGAUCGUGGUUUAUAUGCACGAUGUUUUGAGGAGUUGUUUGAUUUAUCCAAUUCAGAUACUACUUCUACGUCUCGAUUUAAUUUCUUUGUCACAAUCUUUGAGCUCUACAAUGAACAGACAAGGGAUUUGCUCUCAGAAUCAAGAAACAGUUUGCCAAAGAUCCGCAUGGGGUCACCAGAAUCCUUUAUAGAACUUGUGCAGGAAGAAGUUGAUAAUCCUCGUGACUUCUUUAGAGUCCUAAAAGCAGCAUUUCAGAGUCGAGGAGCUGAUGUAUUAAAGUUCAACGUCUCUCAUCUGAUUACCACCAUACAUAUAUGUUAUAACAAUUCAAUCACUGGAGAGAACCUGUACAGCAAACUUUCUCUUGUUGACUUGGCUGGGAGUGAAGGUUUAGUGGUGGAGGAUGAUAGUGGCGAGCGUGUAACCGACUUACUGCAUGUCAUGAAAUCACUUUCAGCGUUGGGUGAUGUUUUGUCUUCUUUGACUGCAAACAAGGAUGUUGUUCCUUAUGAAAAUUCAAUGCUUACAAAAGUACUUGCAGAUUCACUAGGUGGAAGCUCAAUAACAUUGCUGAUUGUUAACAUCUGUCCAAAUGUUUCAAAUUUGCCUGAGACAUUAUCGUCUCUCAAUUUUUCUGCCAGAGCUCGAAAUGCUGUCCUAAGUCUUGGAAAUCGUGAUACAAUUAAGAAAUGGAGAGAUGUUGCAAAUGAUGCACGCAAGGAGUUGUAUGAAAAAGAGAAGGAAAUCCAUGAUCUAAAGCAAGAGGUUUUGGGACUUAAACAAGCACUUAAAGAUGCAAAUGAUCAGUGUGUCCUACUCUUUAAUGAAGUUCAAAAGGCAUGGAAAGUUUCUUUCACUUUGCAGUCAGAUUUGAAGUCAGAAAAUAAUAUGCUUGCAGAUAAGCAUAGAAUAGAGAAGGAACAAAAUUCUCAACUAAGAAAUCAAGUUGCUCAACUAUUACAGUUGGAGCAAGACCAAAAAAUGCAGAUACAACAACGAGAUUCAACAAUUCAGACCUUGCAGUCUGAAAUUAAAGCCAUUGAAUUGAAACUUAUGGAAGCCAUUAAUUCUAAAGAAGCCAAGUCAGUGUUCGGAGCAGAAUCUGGGCCCGAGGUUCUGUCAAUUCCCAAAUCAACUGGGGAUGUCAUGGAUUCUUCAGCUGUUACCAAGAAACUUGAAGAAGAACUCUUAAAGCGUGAUGCACUUAUUGAGAGGUUGCAUGAAGAGAAUGAGAAGUUGUUUGAUAGAUUAACAGAGAAAGCAGCUUCGACCGGUCCACCCCAGAUGUCAAGUUCACCUUCCAAAGGAUUGAUGAAUGUUCACGCUCGGGAUAUGGGGAGAAACGAUAAUAAUAUUAAAGGACGUCCAACGGAUGUCUCUCCUUUGGCUUUGACCACCUAUAAGACUGAAGGCGCAGGUGCUUUGGUUAAGUCUGACCCUGAAAAAGUAAAGACAACUCCAGCAGGAGAAUAUCUUACCGCUGCUUUGAAUGACUUUGAUCCAGAACAAUAUGACAGCAUUGCUGCCAUUUCAGAUGGAGCAAACAAGCUUUUGAUGCUGGUUUUGGCUGCUGUCAUCAAAGCAGGUGCUUCUAGGGAGCAUGAAAUACUUGCUGAAAUUAGAGAUGCUGUUUUUUCUUUUAUCCGAAAAAUGGAGCCAAAGAGGGUGAUGGAUACCAUGCUUGUUUCCCGUGUUAGAAUCUUGUACAUAAGAUCUUUGCUGGCUAGAUCACCGGAGCUGCAAUCCAUCAAGAUUUCUCCAGUUGAGCGCUUUUUGGAGAAGGCUAACACUGGACGUAGCAGAAGCUCUAGCCGGGGUAACAGCCCUGGAAGAUCUCCUAUUCAUUAUGAUUCCAGCAUGAGGGCUCUGGUUGAUGAGCAGAUCCAAGGCUUUAAAGUGAAUAUAAAGCAAGAAAAGAAGUCCAAGUUUUCAUCAGUUGUCUUGAAGCUACGAGGGAUUGAUCAGGAAACUUGGAGGCAGCAUGUAACUGGUGGAAAACUGAGGGAAAUCACCGAGGAGGCCAAAAGUUUUGCAAUUGGAAACAAGGCCCUUGCUGCUCUCUUUGUUCAUACUCCAGCUGGUGAGCUUCAGCGCCAAAUUAGAUCCUGGCUAGCAGAGAACUUUGAGUUUCUUUCUGUUACCGGUGAUGAUGCUAUAGGAGGAACAACUGGACAAUUAGAACUUCUUUCAACUGCAAUUAUGGAUGGUUGGAUGGCUGGUCUUGGUGCUGCACUGCCUCCUAGUACUGAUGCUCUUGGACAGCUACUAUCUGAGUAUGCAAAACGGGUGUAUACUUCUCAAUUACAGCACUUAAAGGAUAUUGCUGGUACCUUGGCAACAGAAGAGGCAGAAGACUCAGCGCAACUGGCUAAGCUGCGUUCAGCUCUGGAGUCUGUUGAUCACAAGAGAAGAAAGAUUUUGCAACAAAUGAGAAGUGAUAUAGCGUUACUAACUGUAGAAGAUGGUGGUUCACCCAUUCGGAAUCCAUCUACUGCAGCUGAAGAUGCCCGGCUAGCAUCUCUCAUUUCCCUUGAUGGCAUAUUGAAGCAAGUCAAGGAUGUAAUGAGACAAUCAUCUGUACACACAUUGACUAGAAGUAAGAAGAAAGCGAUGCUUGCAUCUCUAGAUGAACUUACAGAGCGGAUGCCUUCCCUUCUUGACAUUGAUCAUCCAUGUGCCCAAAGGCAAAUUACUGAUGCUCGCCGCAUGGUAGAGUUAAUUCCUGAAGAAGAUGAUCCGCUUGAAGAAACAUCUCAUUCUCCCAAACCAUUAAUGGAUUUGGGGUCCACUGCUGAGAUUGAUGUCGCACAAUGGAAUGUCCUGCAAUUUAACACAGGCUCAACAAGUCCAUUCAUCAUUAAAUGUGGAGCAAACUCAAAUUCAGAACUGGUUAUCAAAGCAGAUGCCCGAGUUCAAGAACCGAAAGGGGGUGAGAUUGUGAGAGUUGUCCCAAGGCCAUCUAUCUUGGAAAAUAAGAGCUUGGAGGAGAUGAAGCAUGUAUUCUCUCAACUCCCAGAGGCUCUAAGCUUGCUUGCCCUUGCGAGAACUGCAGAUGGAACCAGAGCUCGCUAUUCUAGACUGUACAGGACUCUGGCCAUGAAGGUUCCAUCACUAAGGGAUCUAGUUACAGAGCUUGAAAAGGGGGGUAUGCUGAAAGAUGUGAGGUCGUGAGGGCAGAGGAAGUCUCUUGGGAAAUCAUGGUUUGUCUGGUACCACUGAUGGCUUUUUUUGGGUCUGUGUUAAUAUCAUUUUGGGGAUUUGCCAAAAGAAUUUGGCAUUGUAGUUUAUUGUGUGAUUCGAUAUGAUGUAUUUUAAACCUGCUGUUGUAAUAGUUACUAUGGAUGGUAUAAUGUCUUUCUGAGGGAUGAUUAUUUAAAAGCAAUUUUUAGUGUGAUAUUCAUUAAUGUCAUGUGUAAUCA